CUUUAGGCGCUGGUAACGAAGUAGGAAGAUCGUGUUUAGUGAUUCAAUACAAGGGUAAAACUGUUAUGCUUGAUGCAGGUGUACAUCCUGCAUAUAAUGGACUUGCCGCACUUCCAUUUUAUGAUGAGAUUGACCCUGCUACUGUUGAUGUUCUACUCAUUAGCCAUUUUCAUUUGGAUCAUGCUGCAUCAUUACCUUAUUUUCUAGAAAAAGUAGGGUUUACUACAUUUCAAGGUCGUGUAUUUAUGACUCAUCCAACAAAAGCCAUUUACAAAUGGCUAUUAUCUGAUUAUGUGAGAGUCAGUAAUGUUGCUCUAGAUGAUAUGCUUUAUGAUGAAAAAGAUCUACAACGUAGCUAUGAUAAGAUUGAAGCAGUAGAUUACCAUCAAGAAGUUGAGGUUGAAGGAAUAAAAUUUACGAGCUAUAAUGCUGGACAUGUUUUAGGUGCUGCUAUGUUUUUAAUUGAAAUAGCUGGUGUUAAAAUAUUAUACACGGGUGAUUAUUCAAGAGAAGAAGAUAGACAUUUAAUGGCAGCUGAACUUCCUCAUACUCAAUCUGAUGUAUUGAUUACUGAAUCCACUUAUGGUGUACAGAGUCAUGAACCAAGAUUAGAAAAAGAAGCAAGAUUUACUGGUCUUGUUCAUGAUAUCGUACAACGUGGUGGAAGAUGUCUAAUGCCAGUUUAUGCAUUGGGUCGUGCACAAGAAUUAUUAUUGAUUCUUGAUGAGUAUUGGGAAGCUCAUCCUGAAUUGGAAUCGGUGCCAAUUUAUUAUGCAUCAUCUUUGGCAAAAAAAUGUAUGGCUGUUUAUCAAACCUAUAUCAAUAUGAUGAAUUCCAGAAUACGUAAACAAUUUGCCAUUUCAAAUCCUUUUGUUUUCAAACAUAUUUCAAAUCUUAAGAAUUUGGAUAAUUUUGAUGAUGUUGGUCCGUGCGUUAUGAUGGCAAGUCCGGGUAUGUUGCAGAGUGGUUUAUCAAGAGAAUUAUUUGAAAGAUGGUGCCCAGACAAAAGAAACGGACUUGUAAUAACUGGAUAUUGUGUAGAUGGAACUUUAGCUCGAGAUGUCAUGACGGAGCCACCGGAAAUACAAGCGAUGUCUGGAACCAAAAUCCCAUUACGAAUGUCAGUUGAUUAUAUUUCUUUUUCAGCACAUGUAGAUUACACUCAAAACAGUAAAUUCAUAGAUGAAAUUAAAGCACCAUAUUUGGUACUUGUACAUGGAGAAUCUAAUUCAAUGGCAAGGUUAAAAACAGCGUUACAAAGUAAAUUUAAUGAACGCCAAGAAAAUAUUAGGAUUUUUUCACCAAAGAAUUGUGAAACAAUAAGAUUAUUUUUCCAAGGUGAAAAGUUAGCAAAGACUAUAGGUCAAUUAGCAGCAAAGUAUCCUGUGGAAAAUCAAAUUGUUUCUGGAAUAAUUGUAUCAAAAGAUUUCCAAUUCAAUAUCAUGGAUGAAAAUGAUCUUAAAGAAUUUAGUGGAAUAACUACAUCAUCCAUCCUUCAAAAACAAUCGAUUUCAUACAGUUCAUCAUUUUCUUUAUUAAAGUAUCAUCUGGAACAAAUGUAUGGCGUGCUCGAAGAAAUUAUAGAUAGUGAGGAUGUGCCCACUAUAACAGUGCAGCUUGAGUGGUUGGGAACAUCCAUGAACGACAAAAUUGCUGACUCUGUAUCCGCAGUUAUUCUAAAUAUUGAGAGCAGUCCUGCUUCUGUAAAAGUUACAAGUCCUCCGCAUCACACUCAUAUACUGGAAGACCAUGAACACGACGCAAUGGAUACUGACAAAUCGGAAGGUGACGGUGAUAAAACAGAAAAAAUGACGACAACAAAGAUUUCAUCAUUGCAAAUAGCAGAAAAUUAUUUUAAAAAGCAAUUCGGUGAUGCAAUAAGUAAAACGGAUUCAAAUGAAGAGAUUAUUAUUAAAGUGGACAAUAUGAUUGCCGAAGUUAAUAUUAGAACAUUGGAGAUUAAAACUGAUGAUGAAAUAUUAAGAAAUAGGAUAGAAAGUAUUGUGCCUCGUGUAGCAAAGCUUUUAAGACCACUAGAAUUUUGUCCAGAAUAA